AUGGAGGAGGACUCCUUAGCCACCACCGAGGUCCUCAAUAGCCUAUCACAGGCACUCUCUAAUCUUAUAUUGGGUGAUAAUCAGAUUCGCAACGAGCAACGCCUUUUGACAGAGAAAUGGCUCGCGACUCAACCAGAGGCGGUCAUCCUUGCCCUUGCACAACUUACCCGCCAAGCUCAAGAUGAGAACAUGCGCUCUUUUGCUGCCGUGCUGUUACGAAGACUCGUUUUUCGACCCGUACCUCCCGAUCCUCACAGGGUGAAUCCAACACAAAACCUUACUAUUUAUGAUCACCUCUCCGAGGACACCCGGUUUCGAACUGAGCGUGCUCUCUUGAGGUGUCUUCGACAAGAGCAGAAUGAUUCUGUGCGCAAGAAAGUUGCGGAUACUAUCACCGAUCUUGCUAUUGGUAGCAUGGAACGAGGGAGACCGUGGCCAGAGCUCCAGUCUACCGUUUUCGAUUGCACGCAAUCGCAUACUAUCGGGCAUCGAGAGAGCGCAUAUCGAAUUCUUGCUAGCGUCCCAAAUUUGAUUCUGGACCAGGACGUAAACGUCGUUCUGCAAGUGUUAGAAGGCGGACUUAAGGACACGCAAAGCAUCGAUGUCCGACAUGCUGCUCUUCGCGCGUCAACAUCGUAUCUGAGCUCGGCGGACGCUCACACUCAAACGCAGGCUGUUGGACUGAUGCAUCCUAUGCUUAAUACAUUACUCCCAUUAUCGCACGAUCAACUUUCUCAAUUCCUCCGAACACUUACGCCUCUCACGACCUCGCAUCCGAUCCUAUUCCGCGAACACAUGUCAUCCCUUCUCACUUUUCUCGUACCUUUGAUCCUCUCACCCCCACCCCUCGCCGAUCUUUCCGAAGCAACACCGACAGUUGGUAACCCCGAACCUAGAUCACACGCAUUUACCUUUCCUUCAACGCCGACUGCCGCCAAUCCUCAUGGAUCAACCAUCACCAAUCCUCGUUUCGCGUUCCCUCCGCCUUCAGGCCUUAUCGCCAAUUCUAAUGGGCGGCAUGCCAACGGGAUUCCCAGCGCCGAGGAUGAGGCGAGAGAUUCUAUGAGGCGGGCAGCUCUCGAAUUACUGAUCAGUUUAAGUGAAGCUCGUGCGGGGAUGGUGAAGACGUGUAACGGUUGGGUUAAUGGUGUUGUUCGGUGUUGCCUUGAGGGUAUGGCCGAGAUCCGUGAUGAUGGCGGUGAAGCAACGGUGCGGUGGAGUGAGACCGAAGAACCUGCCGAAGACGACGACGAUUACGGCUAUCAGCACGUCUUUGAAGAGGCUCUAGAUCGCCUAGCAUGUGCAGUUGGCGGAAAGGCGCUCCUGCCCGUUGCGUUUAUGUACAUACCGGCUUUACUUUCCUCACCGGAUUGGAUGCAGCGGCAUGCUGGGUUGAUGGCUGUUGCUGCCAUUGCUGAAGGGACGCACCAUAUCAUGGAGAAAGAACUUGGGAAAGUCGUGGGUUUGGUUACUCCUAUGUUCAAGGACCCUCAUCCGCGUGUUCGCUUCGCUGCCUGCCAGUGUUUAGGCCAGCUGUGUACAGACCUCGAGGAAAUAAUUCAAGAUCGUUAUCAUGAAGAGAUCUUCUCGGCCCUGAUUCCAACACUUCAAGCUCCAGAACCGAGGGUGCAUGGCCAUGCUGCAGCCGCAAUCAUUAAUUUUUGUACGGGUGUGGACGGUGAAACUCUUAAACCGUAUCUGGACGCAAUCGUCGAAGGCUUGUUGCGGAUGUUAAAUGCAAACAGCAAGCGUUAUGUUCAGGAACAAGCAAUAACAACUCUUGCGAUGGUUGCCGAUGCUGCCGCAGAGAAUUUCCGAAAGUUCUAUCCUAUGAUCAUGCCGAAUCUUAUCAAUGUGCUUCGGACUGCUACGGAUCCGGAAAUGAAGCAGUUACGUUGCAAAGUGAUGGAAUGCUGUGGACUCAUUGCAAUCGCCGUCGAGAGAGAUACUUUCGGUCCAGACUCUGUGGAGUUCGCUAACCUGCUCAUGCAAAUUCAGAACGACACUAGACCGGGCGACGAGAUUACCCAUCAAUACUUGAUGUCUACAUGGGCGAAAGUUUGCCAAGCACUUGGUUCAUCGUUCGAGCCGUACCUCAGUUUCGUCAUGCCCUCUCUUCUUAAAUCCGCUGCUGUUAAAGCUGAUAUUUCCUUCAUCGUCUGUUUAGAAAAUGACCGUGUCGCUCCUGAAAGGGAAGGUUGGGAAAUUAUCGAAAUGCAAGGCCAGCGUAUCGAGAUACGGACAGCAUCCUUGGAAGAAAAGUGCUCAGCGUUCGAUGCUCUAUUAAUUUACUGUCAUGUAAUGGGCCCCGUUUUCGCACCCUAUGUAUCCCAAACCCUAAACCUUGCUAUUCCUGGGCUACGCUUUUACCUUCAUGAUGGAGUGCGAGAAGCCGCCGCUAUGCUAAUAUCUCGGCUUGUCGAGUGUGCGAAGGACUCCAAUGCGGCAGACGAGUCUUUCGUAAACGGGGUUUUUAUACCAAUCAUUGAUGCCAUGCCGACCGAACCCGACGCGGGGUUCCUUUCUUCCCUUUACAAGUGCUUUUCCGAAAGCGUUCGGUCUGUCGGUACCUCCGCGCUGUCCCGGGACUUAGUGAAUGGUUUCAUCAAGGCAACGCAGAACCAGCUGCACUCGUUAGCCCAGAAAAGGAGAUCCCGGGCAGAUCGUGUUCAUGGCCGGGAUUGGGACGAAGAGAAAGAAGACAUCAUGCUAAUGGAGGAGAUGGAGAGCUUCGCUUUGGAUGAGAUGCAGAAAGCGCUGGAAGUCUUAGAUCCCUCGCACCCAUUGCUCCCUGCUGUUGAGAGUGUCAAAGGCAUGCGUUUGAGCAGCGCUUACGAUUCGGAUUACGAAGAAGACGAUGAUGAUCCUUGA